AUGGAGGGCAAGCUGGCACCCUGCGUUCUCGGCACUACAGCCUGGCCAGCCCUGGCCCAGCUUGCCAGCAAUACACCCCUGCUGGCUGUGGCCACGCUGGCCCUGAGCCCCCUGCUGCUGGUGACCAUCCUGCGGAGCCAGCGGCUGCGGCAGGACCCCCACUACCUGCUGCUGGCCAACAUCCUGCUCUCGGACCUGGCCUAUCUUCUCUUCCACAUGCUCAUCUCCUACAGCAGCCUGGGCGGCUGGGAGCUGGGCCGCAUCGCCUGCGGCAUUGUCACAGAUGCUGUCUUCGCCGCCUACACCAGCACCAUCCUGUCCCUCACGGCCACCGUACUGCACACCUACCUGGCAGUUGCUCAUCCUCUGCGCUACCUCUCCUUCGUGUCCCGGGGGGCUGUCCGAAAGGCAGUGGCCCUCAUCUGGCUGGCGGCCUUUUUCUUUCCCACGUUUCUCCUUUGGUUCAGCAAGCGGCAGGAUGCCCAGCAGGAGGAGCGUGGGGCCUCGUGCAUCCUGCCGCUGAGCCUGGGCACCCAGGGCCGUGCCCCCCUCGUCACAGUCACCCACAUUUCCAUCCUGUGCCUUCUCUUCCUCUGCACGGCUCUCAUUGCCUACUGCUUCCGGAGGAUCUACACAGAGGCCAGGACAUCAGACAUCUGCAUGAAGGGCUAUUCCUGGGCCAGGGGCACCCUGCUUAUGCAUUCAGUGCUGAUCACACUGUACAUGAGCGCAGGGGUGAUGCUCUCCCUGGACGUCAUGCUGACCAAGUACCGCCACAUUGGUGCCAGGACUCACACUUGGCUCCUGGCAGCCAACAGCGAGGUGCUUAUGCUGCUUCCCCGAGCCAUGCUCCCGUACCUGUACCUGCUCCGCUACCGGAAGCUGCUGGGGGUGUUCAGGGGCCUCUUCUCAUCCAGGAGGCACAAGGCAAUCUUUACCACAUCCCAGAGCUGCCAAGUGCACAAUUUGGCAGGCUGA